UACAAAUAUGGAUCGGAUCAAAGGUCCAUGGAGCCCCGAAGAAGACGAGAUGCUACAGCAACUAGUCGAAAAGCACGGCCCCAGAAAUUGGUCCCUCGUCAGCAAAACCAUCCCUGGUAGAUCCGGCAAAUCCUGCCGGCUCCGGUGGUGCAACCAGCUUUCGCCGGAGGUCGAGCACCGACCCUUUUCGCCCGAAGAAGAUGAGACCAUUCUCCGUGCUCAUGCCCGAUUCGGAAACAAAUGGGCCACGAUUGCCCGAUUGUUGUCGGGUCGGACCGAUAACGCCAUUAAAAACCAUUGGAACUCGACCUUGAAGAGGAAGUGUUCUUCCAUGACGAACGAAGAAUUCAACGAGUUUUCGAUCCAACAACCGUCGUUAAAAAGAUCCGUCAGUGCCGGGUCGGCUGUUCCCGUUUCGGGUCUUUACUUGAAUCCGGAUAGUCCGUCUGGAUCUGACGUCAGCGAUUCAAGCGUGCCAACGAUUUCGUCGACACACGUAUACCGACCCGUGGCGAGAACCGCCGUCGUCAGUGACGGUAGGACGCCACCUCCGCCGCUGAACGAUCCGCUGACGUCACUGAGCCUAUCGCUUCCUGGAGCCGAGUCGAGUGAGUCGUCGUCGGUGACACAUCCUCCGCCCGUCCCGAAACCAGCGAUUCCGUCACAGCAGGUUCCGGCAGCGAUUUCAUCGGCGAUGCAGCAACUUCAGGUAUCCCAACCGCCGGCGACGGAGCAGCAGGAGAAGGCGGCUCCGCCGUUCAGUGCAGAGUUUAUAUCAGUGAUGCAAGAAAUGAUUAGGAAGGAGGUGAGGAAUUACAUUACCGGCGUAGAACUGCAACAGCCGACAAACGGCGGUGGCGAUGGUGGUGGAUUUAGGAGCGCAGCGGUGGGAAAUAGGAUUGGGGUAAACAAGAUGGAUUAGUAUUUUCUACGUUAAUUAAAUUUGUUGACGGCUGAUGAUCAACGGAAAAUGAUGAUCGGAGAUGGCCGGAAAUCAUGGAAAAAUGCGAAUUGACGGAGAUGUUAAUUCCAUAAACAUGGAUCCUCUCUGGAUUUCCAAAAUUGGCCAACAAAAAAUGAAUAAUUUUGUACAGGGAAGGAAUUAGAUUGAUCUUCAAAAAUCAUGAGUUUAGAAAUUAAAAAAUGUUGAAAAUUUAUGUGAAUCUUGUUUCUGUAAGCCAUAAGAUCUUGAAGAAGGCUCAAGAACCCUAAAAAACCCCUAUGAUCAUAAAAAAAAAAAAAAGCGAGUGUUUUUCAAAUUAAAGUAGGUUUGAUCUCAUUAUGUUGUUAUUUGUUUGAUUAAAGUGUUUCUUGAUCAUGGGUUGUGGUUGAAAUCUC